AUGUCAAACAUUCCUGGCCUAAGUCAAGAGGUUCGCAACCUCAGACGCCCUCUGAGCACUAAUGCCUACUACUCUUGUUCGCAGCAAGAGUGGGACGUCCUGUGUCGCCAGACUUUGGUGCCUGCCUCUAGGGCAAGGGCUACCACCGCUCUCAUGAAGAAGAGCAGAGCUGGCAAGAUCCACGAGACCGCGGAUGGCGAAGCGGCUCUGGCAAGAUGUUCUGCCUGUACCCAGGGCAACAAUGGCAAUGGAUAUCCUUGCUACCUCUCCUCCAACGGCACCACAAAGUCUUGCGCACAUUGUGCGUUUUCCAACAAGUCGAAGUGUGAUGCUCAGCGUGCUCCCGCCGCCGCCAACAACCCUGUCGCCCCUCUCCCUGCCGCCCCUCACCCUGCCGCCCCUCACCCGGCUCUCCUCCCUCCCCCUGCUGUCGCCGCUCAGGCCCCUUACCCGGCCUUUGCACCCCCUGUUCAGCAGUUCGUCCCGGGCCCUGCCAACAACGUUGGCAGUGCUCCUGUCGCAGCCCACCAGCCUCUCCCACCUCGUGAGUGGACAGACGAGGACCUGAAAACCCUCCUCACAGAGGAGGAAUUUCUUGAGCUGUUCAACAGCUUGAGAAGGGAUCACGAGAACCAGCCCUUCUUUCGAGUCGACACCAUGGGGGAGAGCGAGAUUUCGAUAUCUCCCAUGCCAGUUUAUCUCCUUCAACAUAUUAUCGAAAUGCAGAAUAGUUUGGGGUUUGGUUGA